CAUCUUUGACAUGCAACAGAUGACGGACUUUGCAAGGUCAGAGGAAGUAUGCCGUUAAGCAAGGCCAAUUUAUCUGGGACACCUUCAUUUUAAUAGUGAAAAGAGCACCUGAGACAUGAAUUGAACCGCCAACCUACUUUUCAUUCAAUUUAUUUCCAGACCCAGUGCAUAACAUUACUUCAAUUUUGAGGGCAGCAACGUCUCAGGAGCCUCCAAAAUGUCUCGUCUGUUUGGUAUGUACGGUAGAGUGUGCGCUUCUCGCCCCUGGGAGGUUAUUGUAGCGGUCAUAACGUUAACGGCAUGCUUUUUAACCAUGGAGAAAUCUCAGAAACCUGUUCCGAUUACCACGCCUUCGACAUGCCUUGGGUGCAAAGAAGACCACUUUCAUGCUGCCGAUGUUGUUGUGAUGACCAUAAUCCGAUGCCUAGCUAUACUUUACAGCUACCACCAGUUUAGAAACCUUCAGAAUCUAGGCUCGAAAUACAUCCUCGGAAUAGCCGGUUUGUUUGUUGUGUUCUCUAGCUUUGUUUUCACUUCUGCGGUGCUCAAUAUCUUGCAGAUAGAACUAGUGGAUCUCAAAGACGCAUUAUUCUUCUUCCUGUUGCUAAUAGAUUUAUCUAAAGCUGCCAAAUUAGCUCAGUUCGCUCUAAUAUCGUCGAGUGAGGAUGAGAUUGCAUCAUGUAUCGCAAAAGGGGUAUCUAUUUUAGGUCCCACCAUCACCUUAGAUACUGUUGUGGAAACACUUGUGAUAGGUGUGGGGACGUUAUCUGGAGUUCAUAGACUUGAGAUCUUAUCAUAUUUUGCUUGUCUGUCUGUGAUAGUAAAUUAUAUAAUUUUUAUGACAUUUUACCCUGCGUGCUUGUCGUUAAUGAUGGAGCUAGGCAAAGUAUCAAAUUUCUAUGGAGAGGAAAAAGCUGGAGUCACUAAAAUGUUAUUGGAAGAAACCGAAAAAUCUAACCCAGCAGUCCAGAGAGUGAAACUGAUAAUGUCGAUAGGGCUUAUGGCAGUUCAUAUUCACAGCAGAUGGUCUGUUACGAGCGGUAACCCUCAAGAAGGCUUAAACAAAAACCAAACAGAAACAGUAGAUUACCGGGAGGACACUUCAUUUUAUGGAUAUCUUAUGAAACAGUUUGCCUUAAGUGCAGAUCACAUAGUCAUCCUUAUCCUGUUGAUAACGCUUAUGAUCAAGUUUAUAUUCUUUGAAAGCAAAGAUCCUUUAAGAGAACACAUCGAGCCGGAAACUAUAAGGGAGAUAAAAAGGGGCAUACAAAGGCAAAACGUACAAUUUCAUCCAGUGUAGAAGUCCAGACUGAUGUAGAGUACAACCGUUUUAUUGAGACAGAAGAUUCGGAUGAACAGGUUAGUGAUGCACCAAGGAGUCUACCGGAUUGUUUGAAGAUAUACAGAGCAGAUGAAACGUCAGAAUUAACAGAUGAUGAAAUCGUUAUGCUCGUCGACACCAAACAUAUACCUGCAUAUAACUUGGAAAAGGCAGUGAAAAACCCCGAGAGAGGUGUGAAAAUAAGAAGAAAGAUUUUGGAAAAUAAUCUUAAGAAGAGAGAAUCUCUGAUUAAUCUACCAUAUAGAAAUUAUGAUUAUAGCAAAGUAUUAGGAGCAUGUUGUGAAAAUGUUAUAGGGUAUAUUCCAGUUCCUAUUGGAGUUGCUGGACCACUGCUGGUAGAUGAUAAAAAGUACUAUAUUCCUAUGGCUACAACUGAAGGAUGUCUCAUAGCUAGUACAAAUAGAGGUUGUCGUGCAAUUGAGAAGAGUGGUGUAAAAAGUAGGCUCAUCUCGGAUGGCAUGACAAGAGCGCCCGUGGUUAGAUUUCCUUCAAUUGUAAAAGCCAGUGAUGCAGUUACGUGGAUCAAAGAUACUGACAAUUUUGCUGCUCUGAAACUGUCGUUUGAUUCCACCAGUAGGUUUGCUAAGCUGCAGAAGAUCAGCACACACAUUGCUGGAAGAUAUCUGUUCAUAAGGUUUGUAGCAGAAACAGGAGACGCAAUGGGCAUGAACAUGAUAUCGAAAGGAACCGAAUGUUGCUUGCACGCUCUCCAACGGCAUUUUCCAGAAAUGGAAAUCCUCAGUUUGAGUGGCAACGUUUGUACUGACAAAAAACCAUCCGCCAUAAAUUGGUUGCAGAAUAGAGGCAAAAGUGUAGUUUGCGAAUGUAUUAUAAGCUCGGAAGUGGUUGCAUCGGUGCUUAAAACGACCACUAAAGCCCUGAUUGAUCUCAAUAUUUCUAAGAAUAUGGUUGGGUCUGCAAUAGCUGGAAGCAUAGGUGGUUUCAAUGCACACGCGGCGAAUAUAGUGACGGCCAUCUUCAUCGCCACAGGUCAAGACGCAGCCCAAAACAUAUCAAGUAGCAAUUGUAUGACUAUCAUGGAACCAUGGGGUCAAAAUGGGGAAGAUCUGUACGUCUCAUGCACUAUGCCGUCUAUAGAAAUUGGAACGAUUGGUGGAGGCACGAUCCUGCCGGCGCAGUCCGCCUGCCUGGACAUGCUAGGCGUCCGAGGCCCCCACGAAGACAUUCCCGGUGCGAACGCCAAGCAGUUGGCGCGUAUCGUAUGCGCGUCAGUGGUCGCGGGAGAAAUUUCUUUAAUGGCGGCGUUGGCCAGCGGCCAUCUGGUCAAGAGCCAUCUCAAAUACAACAGAUCGUACUCGGGCAAAAGCGCGUUGGGUCUCGGCCUGAGUUGCGGUAGCGUCGGCAGCUGUGACAGGUAACUGUCGGCCGGCGACUGCGGAGGCACGUACAGGAUUCAUCGAUAAAAUUUAGUUAGGUGGUGUAGAAUGCUGUCAAGGUAAAUGUCAACGAUCCGCAGUCGUAAAACAUGGCCAAAAGUGGGAAGAUUUACCUGAAUUUCAACAAAAACCUUCAUAUGGGUUCGAGGAAUGCGCUCGAAUUAGAGUUUUACGUUUUUGAGGCUGCUGAUACCGAAUUUGACAUCGUUUUUGCGUAAAGUUUGAUAUCAGUUUAAAACAAUGGCGGAUUCAAUAUUGCGGACAUGUUUGCAUGGAUCAGUUUAAAAUGCCGGAUGCAGUAUGUACGUUUUUGCUGUCGCCGAUAACGAAUUUUAUACAGAUUAUAUAUAUACGUAUAUAUAUAUAGUUAGGUGAAAAAUUAAAGCUUCCGCCUUUUGUUGGGUACUUCGACAAAAUUUAAGCAAAGAGGAC